AUGCUUAAAUCUGGGGGAGAUGAAGAAGUUGAGAAGCAAUCCAUGUGCACUGCUGCAAUUCAUGUGUCAGAAGAUAAUCAAAGUGGUUGUGAUGCAACAGAAAUUUGUAGCAUAUCUCCAUCAGGUGCAAUUGAUGAUUCAUCAAGUGACAAAAUGCAACAGAUUGAAGCCCUUGAUGCUGUUACCUCAAGUGCUGAUGGAAGCGAGCCCAUUUAUGAAGGAGAAGAAUGCAUAUUGGAAUGGGGAACAACGAUUUGUGAAGAUCGAGAACCAAUUUAUGAAGGUGAGGUGGUUCUUGCAGAACAAGUGGACAGAAGUACAGGAGAUGCCUCAGAUACAAGUUCCAAGGAUGAAAUUACUCCAACGCAGGGAAAACUGAUCAGUAAUUUUCUGACGGGCAAUGCCAGUCAGUUGACCGUAUAUGGCCUAUGUUGCUUGCAAGAUGGUCUAAAAGAACGCGAACUUUGUGUCUUUUUCCGCAAUAAUCACCUCAACACCAUGUUUAAGCUCAAUGGUGAAUUGUAUAUUUUGGCUACAGACCAAGGCUACAUAAGCCAACCGGACCUGGUUUGGGAGAAGCUGAAUGAGGUGAAUGGCGAUACGGUGUUUAUGACUGGUAACUUUAAGGAAUUUAAGGUGGAAGAUCACACCAACAGCACAUGGGAUGAGCAAAAUGCAGUGGCAAGUACUGCUGACUAUCUUGCCAGCAUUGACAGUUCAGAGAAUGCAGAUUCAAGUUUCAAUUCUGACCUGCAAUUGGCAAUAGCUCUUCAGCAACAGGAGUUUGAACAACAGCCACAGCAUAGUGUGCAGCAACCAACUGUUAGCAGUUCAAGACUGGUUACUGGACCCCAGGUUGUGUGGCAUCCAACUUCUGGGGAAUAUAUCUGGCAUUUGAGAUUGCAAAUGUUUGAGUAG